GCAAGAGCCAAAGAGGUCCUCCGCACGCAUGCGUCAAAUAUAAAGUGCGUUUUAGAAUGAUUACUUUGGGCGAGCAGUGAGAAAGAGGGAGAGAGAUUAUGCUGCUGGACACAACUGCUGUUUUAAUCCUUCGGGCGAUGAGAUUUAGCGGAAACCACACGCUUUAACCUCAGCAGCCAUGUUGUAUGGAGAAUUCACAGAACAUCUCUUCUAGCGGAUACCGUCCUCUUCAGAGACACCCGGGACUAGACUUUUGAAAAGUCAAGUUUUCCCUGGCGGUGGGAACCCCCUGGAGAGAACUGAUCGGCUGAAGGAGUCUGCUUUACCGUCUUUAUUCAGUGCCUCUCUCCAGAGCUCCAGACCCGACACGAUGAAGGACCGCCUGGAGCAGCUCAAAGCGACGUGCGACCAAGAUGACGAUGAGGUGGAGAUCUCCAUGGACAACGCAGCCUUCAUGGAUGACUUCUUUUGUCAGAUCGAGGACAUCAGGAACAGUAUUGAUAAGAUCGAUGACCACGUGGCCGAGGUCAGGAAGCUGUACUCGGUCAUCCUGUCGGCACCUACGUCUGACCAGAAAACACAGGAUGAGCUGGAGGCCAUCACCAACGACAUCAAGAAGAUGGCCAACAACGCCAGAAACAAGCUCAAGACCAUCGAGAGGAACCUGGAGGCAGAUGAGCAGGAGAGGGUCUCCGCCGACAUGAGGAUACGCAAAUCACAGCAUGCUGUGCUCUCCAGGAAGUUUGUGGAGGUGAUGACCAAGUACAACGAGGCGCAGGUGGACUUCAGGGAGCGGAGCAAAGGCCGCAUCCAGAGGCAGCUGGAGAUCACUGGCAAAGCCACCACGGACGAGGAGCUGGAGGAGAUGCUGGAGAGCGGCAACGCGGCCGUGUUCACCGCAGGGAUCGUGGACUCGGGCAUCUCCAAGCAGGCCCUGAACGAGAUCGAAGCCCGACACAAGGACAUCGUCCGGCUGGAGAGCAGCAUCAAGGAGCUGCACGACAUGUUUGUGGACAUCGCCAUGUUGGUCGAGAGCCAGGGAGACAUUGUUGAAAACAUCGAGUUGAAUGUGUCCAAGUCGGUGGACCACAUAGAGGUGGCCAAAACUGAGACCAAAAAGGCUGUAAGGUACCAGACCAAGGCCCGGAAGAAAACGGUGAUCAUAGUGGUGAUAGUGCUGAUACUGCUGGCCAUUAUUGCGCUCAUUGUGGGGUUGUCAGUAGGACUGAAGUGAUGUUGAGGAGGAGAGAAUGAGGAAGACCAUCAUCAUCACUGUGGUCUGUGCUUUGAUCGCUGUGGUCAUCCUCGCCAUCAUCCUCUCUCAGACUCUAUAGGAACACAAACCCUCCUCCUCUUCCUCAGUAUCAUCAUCAUCACCCCUCCCCCCCGGCCCCCCAUCAGCUGGUGGAAAGAGAGCCCAUCUAUUACAGAUGGAUCACAUUCGUUAGCCCAAAGACCCUUAAUAUUAGCAUAGGACACAUACAGUGUGUUGUUCUGUCUCUGACCACUGGACUGUACCUAGACCGGAUGGAACCAGUAAUGUAUGGAAAAGAGUUUGAUUGCUGAAACUAACUGGACUAAUAGGGUGCAUUCAGUCCUGAUGGUCUGUGGGGGGACAUUGGCCCCCCUGGGUCGGGGAGCUGAGAGCACACAGACCUUUGACUGCACAUAAGGGUUCAGUGCCACGACUUUCAAGCACAUACACAUGAAAUGUUUGUAUACAUGUUGGAAGAAAAAACGAAUCAUUUCAUUUAUGUCCCUCAGUUUCAAAAGUGGCUUUGGGUGACCAGACGCGGGGCGGUUCCUGUAACGUUAUUCCUCGGUUCCCUAAUAUUUCAACACGACACUGCCACAACACGGUGCCUUAUAAUCCUCCACAUGUCCUCUGAUGUGAAGCUAUCUAUCGUCUCCUGCAUUGAGCAUUUUAUUUCCCAUGGAGGGAAGAAACAUUUCAGCACUUUCUGAUCAUCUGUCAUUAAUGGUUAAAUCGUGUUAAUUAUCAAUUGCAUCUUUUUUGUUGAGUACCUCAUUAUACACACAUUCUACUGAUACAUCUCCCAUAUGAGUGGAGAAGCCUCUCUUAUUCUGUACUAGUCUUAUUCAUGCAAUCCCGAUUGAAUGAGUCGGUGCAUCAAAUAAGAUUCAUUAUAAUAAUGGCUUUUCAGAAGUUUGCUCAAUGUCUGACAUCACGGUCAUCAGACUUUGAGCAUGGUGUGGUGAUAACCAAUUCCAUUUGAGGUUAUUUUAACAUUACUCUGCUUCACAGGAAUCACCAAAGCCAAUGCUAUCCUGCUUAUAUUUAAUAAAUCAGCCAUACUGUACUUUAAAUUCAUAAGUCCAAAUGAUUUUCCACUCGCAAUUACCAAUAAUACCCUAUUGACAAGCAGACUUCCACAUCCAUGCUUAUUACUUUAUUAGUUCUGUAUAAUUUAUAAGGGAGGCCAAAAAGUAGCUAUGUGCUUUAACUGUUUAAUUGUACUCUUAAGUUAUAUGAUGCCAAAUAUUUUUGAUGAAGAAAUUAAAUAUUUUACUUUUUUUAAUCAAUGUA